UAUGGUAGGUGCCUUGCCGCAGCCGCUUCGACCCUCGCGGGAUCCCUGCCGGGGCCCCGUUGGAAGCUUUGGCGGCUCCGCGGCGCGGGAUGGUCGAUGCCCCCCUUGGCUUCCCCCCGCUGCGUUUCCGUCGGUUUGAAGGCAGGCGCGGGGAGUCUUUAGCUGAGGGGUGUGCAACGGAAAGCGGCUUUUCUACUCGACCCAUCUUUGGACCCCUCUCCCCUGCCCUUUUGGCACAAUUUUUCCUUCAACGCGUUUCCAGCUUGUCUCUCUUUAGCAGCGACGGAGUGGUUGGUGCAUGGCAUUGCCCGGGUCGCUGGGUCGGCCUUUCCAAAUAUUCUCGUUAUUGCACAGGUGUGGACUACCUGAACAGGAUGCCGAGAGGCAGGAAGAAAGAAAAUAUCCCGCCUCUUUUAAGCCGCUACGCGACAUCAGCUAUUGGGUCAAACCGUGGAGAAGUGACUGCCCAGGGCAGGCAACGGGAUGCAUCUACCAGAAACCGAAGCAAUGACCCACAGCUACACAGAAUGGUUCAGACCAAUCUUGCUUGCCCUUAUUGGCCUUUCCGGGAUGCCACCAGUGACUCUUUGUCCCAACAGCAAAGCAACCUCGUCUCUGAGCUGCAGAGGGGCAGAUCGGGACGCCCGGGGCUAAUCAGCAACACCUGUCCUCCUCCUGCUGUACACCACUCACACCGCUCAUGCUCAGGCCAUCUGGGUUUGAAGGGCAACCCUCCGAGCAACUUCUCAAGCAGAAGAUGUGAUGUCCCCCGUGCUUGCAAUGCCAUUUCCAAGAACAGAAUGGGGAACAAAGACCAGUAUGGGUUAAAACAGCCGCUGGGUCAUUUUUCUGCAUCGAGAAGCAGCUGUGGGCAUUUCAGGGCCCACGGAGGUUCCUUCUCUGCAGCCAAUUUGUCUGGGAUGACAUCUCCUGGUUCCCUUCACCACAGUUGUCAUUCUACGAGCUCAAACAGAAGUCAUGACUCUUUUCCCCCUGGGCCGGCCCUUACCUUGGACCAUCUGAGCUCCUCCCCCUUCGUUGAGAGUCCUCCAUCCUCCACAGCACUCAAGACCCUCUUACAAUCUUCCCAAAUGUCCGCCAACCAGCACAGGUCCAUCCAACGGCUUAAGCAAGAAGCUGCCUUGAUGGGAGCUUUGGGUUCCUUUCCUUGGGAGUCCAAGUCUCCUUCUCUCCCUUCUCCUUUACGCUUCCAUCCUCAGGCCUCCACUUCUGCUGUGCUAAGCAUCAUGGGGCAGCUUGCCGCGGAAGAGAGCCACGACAAGCAGGCUGGCGUGAAAUGGCGGACCUCCUUUGCUAGGGAUUGGGGCUUGACUUCCACAGUGGGUGCGCUGGGUGAUGGUAAAGCCAUCCCUGUUGUCUACAGGUGCAGAAACACUGGAUUGUGUAUGUACCCAACGGAGGCCUCAGACCAGUGUUGGCAAGCGGGUUUCUGUGGCAGUGCUGGUUUGACUUCAUUGGCGCUUCGGGGUGAAGAUGGUUAUUCCAACACUUCUGUUGGCUACCUUGAAUGUUGCUCAGGAGGAAAGGGUACCUGUGGCUGUCCCAAAACCCUCUGCCAUCAAAGGACGAUUGAUCCGGAAGAACAUUCCUCUGGAGUGUUCUGUCGCUCCGAGUUGAGGUUCGAGAAUCAUCCAUUGGGUCUUCUAUCCUUUGAUGGUUUGGCGGUCUCCCUAGAGACGUUGUGUGCCGAGACUGAGGUGGACAUGGGGUUGUCUGUGUACGACACCAAAAAGGAAGUGCACACAAUACGUUCUCCUGGAGGACUGGAGGUCGUUGCUACACACCAGUUUGGUAAUGGCUCCAAAUCUCUGGAAUCUCGAGGUGAACCUGAGGAUGAUAGUGGGUCCCCAUUAAUCACAAACUCAGAAGAUGAAUACACCCUGUGUUUGCCACGUCAGAAGCCCAGCCCCUUUGGUGUUCAAGAACAUUUUCAGGCUGUCAAUAGGAUAGGCAUGGCCGUUGUCGGGGGAAGUACCAGCGACUCCCCAGAUUCCAUGUCCAACAACUAUUGGCCUGGUGUGAAAAAUGAUCAGGGAGAGGAGCUUUCUGUGGAAGAGACCAAGAAGUGGACUGUGCUGCCAUGCCGUAAGGAGAGCGACAGUGGGGUGAACUGUAUGCAAAAGAAGGGCCCGGCAAGAGAUGACAGGCUGAUGGACAGGAGUGAUGACAGGUCUUUGCCCCAGAGGAGUGACCCCCUGGUGGAGAAGUGUUUCAUGGCCUGGCGUGACCACAUCUCCAGGAAGACAGCUGCUGCAUGGGCGUUGUACGAGCAUCAGCUGUUGCGAAAGGGGCUUUGUGCCUUGCAGUGGGCAGUGCAGUUGAGGGAGGUCCAAGCAGGCGUCGCUGAGAGGAACCACACAUUGGUGGUGCUGGCUGCCAGCUUCCGUAGGUGGCAGGACGUUGCAGCGAGGCAGUGGAAGGCGCAAGCUUCACGGCAACAGGAGGCGGUGACCCACAGCGAAGGUCUGCUGGCACCCCCAGGUGGAGAGAGAGUCCGGAACUCCCCCAUUUCAUGCCAGCUCUCUGCAGAACACCUGGAAAAUGCCGCUCAGUAUAGCAGGGCAGAGGGACUCCUGUGGGUUCAGCUGCAUCGCAGGCAGGGAGCGAACAAACUCUGCAGGAAGACAGCAGCGGUGCGGGAUGUGAGGCGGCUGGCUGCAGCUUUCAGACUGUGGCACCUUCAGAAGGAGCAUCUGGAUAAAGAGGAGAUCCGUGCCCAAGACGCCCACACCCUCCUGGAGAAAAAGAGGCUGGAGAAGGCAUUUGGAACGUGGCGUUCCUGCUACAGGGCAAACCAACGGAUUCUGCCCCUGGCUGCUCUAGUGCAGAGAGGGCUGAUGAGCCGGUGCUUCAAGGCUUGGAAGUGCAGCGCCAGUCGGGAGGCACUGAGGAGGUACAGCCUGGAAUGCCUGCGAGUUGCAUCGUUGAGCGUGCACUUCCGGCAAUGGGCCCUGAUGGUCCAGGUCAGGGAAAAGGCCAGGGAGACUCUGCUAGAGCUGUGGACCUUGAAGCGGAGGAGAGCCCACGUAGUAAAGUUAGGUUUGGCUGCAAACGUUCCUGCAGAAAAGCUGGGCUUGAACGUAGCAAGGUGGUCUCAGAAGAAUGGAACCAGCACUCUGGAGAGCCUCUGUAACACCUUAACGUUGCAGCAGGCGUUCUGGACUUGGAAGGCAAGGUGGCAGGAAUCUCAGCAAGCUACUGCUUUCCAGCGAGUCUUGGAGCGACAGCAACUGAGGGAGGCUCUGGGGCGCUGGUGCUGGAAGACUUUCUGCCUGCAUCCCCUAGGACUCAGCCCCAGGGACCUCACUGAGGAUCCUCUCCUUACGUCGCUGGAUUUGGAGGAGUCCUCUCUGUCCUCUGGUUUCCACAGCAGCAUGCCUGCCCCACCCGUCUCCAGAGGUUCACUGGAGAAAGAAGGCAGCCCCGGGGACGGUAGUCAGGCCAGCAUCUCUUCAUCGGUGACAAUUGAAGACUGCAGGCUCUUUCCCCAUCAUGACUCCCCAUCUCCCAGCUGUGCUCCCAGAGGCCCGAAGGAUCUUGCUGAUGCAGCCAUAGAUUUCCACAUCCAAGUUCCUAUGGAUCGUUGCUACAUGGGGAGGAAGUAUCUGAGGUUGUGGAGAUACCAUGUCGUCCUGCGCCACUUCCAGGGUGAGAGGGAGAAGCGACACCUGGCCAGGGCAUGGCUGGUUUGGAAGGAUAGCUGCAGGACGGAGCUGGCGCUGCAAGCUUUGGCGAGGCAGGGGCUGGCACAGCGGAGCUGGCAGAUCUGGAGGCGGCGCUGCCUGCAGAGCUGGGUGGCUGAGCGUUUCCUGGAGGCUGAAGAGAGACAGCUACUUGAACAGGCCUUUGGAAGGUGGCGGCAGCUGACAGCCUCCUGUGCAGAGAGCAAAGCAAACUUCUAGGCUAGAACACUUUAAAAAAAAUCUCCAGGGCAGCAGAUGAGGCUGCAUGCAUGCAAGACGGAAGAGCAGCUUCCCGGUAAAAUCUCACCAGCAACCCACCGCAGCUGAACCUUCUUCUCCAGGCCUGCCUACCAGAUUACCACCUUGAAAAGCUUUCAGCCUUCAUACGUGAGUCAUGUGCUUCUCAUCACAAGUCUCGCUGUCGCUCUCCCUCUGGUGGAAUAACCACUGGUCAAAGUUUUAUUGCUCAAUAAAAACACGAGCAGCC